AUGUCCUCGGACCCGUACUGCGUCUGUGCAGUGCAGGGCAGGGGAAGUUCGACGUUCAAAACACCAACCGUCGCCAACGACUUGAGCCCUAGAUGGGACGUUUGCGCUCGCAUCACCGAUUUUCACUACGGUGACUCCUUGGGUUUCACCGUGUGGGACAAGGAUUUUGGGAAAGCCGAUGAUGCGCUGGGACAGGUAUCUUUGCCUUCUGAGAAAAUUAUACCGUAUGGAUUUGAUGAGUGGCUCGUGUUGGACGGAGCAGGAACGAAAGGUGUUGUCUCUUCGGCAGACGACAUCUCCAGCAUCAGAGUUACCGUUAAAGUGUUGAGAAAGUUCCCUCAGGAGCAGACGAGACACGAGGAGCCUGUGGUGCAGCCCGUUAGAAAUUCCUCGAAAGAGGGCUCGCGCAGUCCUGGUCUUCACUCUCCGUAUUCGGCGAACCUCGAGAAGAAUGGACACGAAGAAGCAGGUCAAGCUUUGAGGGAGGAGGAUUCUUCGAAGGAGAUUGUCGAGCCCGCGCGGACACGACUCCAGCGCCUGCAAGCUUUCUUCAUCUCGGAGAAGUUCGAGCUCUUUCUUGCAGGGCUUCUGUGCCUGAAUAUCUGCAGCAUGGCCCUCGAACUGCAGUAUGAUGGCUGGGAGAUUGGCUAUUUGCUGGACUAUGGGUUCUACCAAAGCUCUAUCCAAGACAGAUUCGCUUGGGGAAAUGACUUCCUUUACUACUUGGAUGUGGUGUUUUCCGUGAUAUUUACGAUCGAUGUCACUCUGCGAAUCUCAAUACUGCAGGGGAUGUUCUGGCGGGGUGGAAUAUCCAAUUACAUUGACUUAUUGGUGGUAGUGCUGUCCUGGGUCGUCUACGUGGUAGCAGAGAACUUCCCCGUCAAGCCAAUGAUUUUGCGCUUGAUCCGCUUUGGCAAGUUGGUGCGUGCGCUGAAGGUAGUGAGGAUCUCCCAGUCGCUGGAGUCCUUGGCGUUUCUCAUGUCUUGCCUGCGAGCCAGCGGGACUGUCCUUGUAUGGACCAUGUCAUUGCUUGCCUGCAUCCAGUGCAUCGCCGCGCUCUUCGCAAGUAACAUGCUUCACUUUUUCCUUGUGGAUGACAACAUCGACGUGGAAGUGCGGAGGGCUGUUUUCCGGUAUUAUGGCACAUUCAGCGGCUCUUUCCUCACAAUGUUCGAAAUUUUGUUUGCAAAUUGGGCUCCUGCAUGUAGGGUGUUGACGGAUAAUGUGACAGAGUGGUGGACACUUUUCUUCUUGCUCUACCGAUGUCUCGUAGGCUUUGCCGUCUUGAACGUGGUGAAUGCAGUGUUUGUCCAAAGCACACUUAAAGUCGCCCACGCAGACGAAGAGCUUCAGUUCGAAGCCAAACAGAAGGCACAGCGGAACCUCAUGAACAAGUUACAGAACAUGUUCCUGGCUUUGGACACCUCAGGUGACGGGCUCCUCAGUUGGGACGAAUUCAACGAGGCGAUCUCCAGUCCAAAGAUGGCAUUCUGGAUGAGCCAGCUUGAGCUUGAAUCUUCAGACCUCAAGAGUUUGUUCACUUUGCUGGAUGGUGGCGAUGGGCUGAUCUCUGUGCCACUGGGAGCAUGA